AUUUUAUCUAUAAAUCUGCGGUCACACUGCUAACGCUAGCGUCGUGAAAAAAGCCGCAAAAUAAAAACAGACAAAACGGGCGUUUUUGAGUAUUUUUGCAAGAAAUCAAGCUGAAAAGUAGUGCCGACGCACCAAGAUGAGUGGCGGCAAUAUGCUAUAUGGCGGCGACGAAAUUGGAGCCCUAGUUUUCGAUCCAGGCCACCACUCGCUGCGUGUGGGCUACGCGCAAGAGGACUCGCCAAAGGCUGAGAUACCCUCUGUUGUCGGCAUUGGGGCAUCCCCAACAGCCCCGGAUACGAAUCUCGAUCCAGAGACCAAAACUGACAACAAUGUGACGCCCAACAAUGCCGACUCGCGCAAGUACUAUGUAGACACAAACUAUGUGAAUGUUCCCCGUUCCCAAAUGGAGGUUCAGACUUACAUGAAGGAUGGCAUGAUCGACAACUGGGAGCUCUUCGAGAAGGUUAUUGACUAUGCCUACGCAAAUGUCAUACAAUCGGAGCCGGAGUACCAUCCGGUGCUCUUCUCCGAGGCGUCCUGGAACGUGCGCAACAACCGCGAGAAGCUCACCGAGCUGAUGUUUGAGAAGUACAAUGUUCCAGCAUUCUUCUUGGUGAAAAAUGCCGUGCUGGCUGCUUUCUCCAGCGGGCGUGCCACGGCGCUUGUGGUGGACAGCGGCGCCACGCAUACAUCGGCCGUGCCCGUCCACGAGGGGUAUGUUCUUUCGCAGGCGGUGGUAAAGUCCCCCCUGGGCGGAGACUUCCUCUCCCGCCAAUGCAGACAGCAUUUGGAUAAGCUUAAUAUCGACUUGUCGCCGGUGUAUAAAAUCGCCUCGAAGGAUGUGGUCAAGGAACGGGACAAUGCUCGAUUCACGCUGCGGAAGCUACCCGAAAAUCUCACACAGUCCUGGCAGAACUACAUGGUUCAGCUAAUGAUGCAGGACUUUCAGAUGAAUAUUCUGCAGGUGCUGGAGAAUCCCUUCGACGAGCGUGUAGCCGCCCAGAUACCAACUGUCCACUACGAGUUCCCCAAUGGAUAUCACCAGGACUUUGGCUCAGAGCGUUUCAAAAUUGCCGAAAGCCUCUUCGACAACGCCAUGCUGGGUGCUGGCCAAUUGGCGUCCACCAGCGUGGGUAUGUGCGAUGCGGAUGUUCGCCUCUCGCUCUUCGGCUCGGUUGUGGUCACAGGUGGCAACACGCUGCUCCAAGGCUUUCCCGAGCGUCUCAAUCGAGAUCUGCAGCUGCGGGCGCCCUCAAAUACGCGUCUGAAAAUGAUUUCGGCCAAUGGGAGUGUUGAAAGGAGGUUCGGUGCCUGGAUUGGGGGCUCCAUACUGGCCAGCAUUGGGACGUUCCAACAGAUGUGGAUAUCUUCGCAGGAGUACGAGGAGGCUGGAAAGAGUCAGGUGGAGCGCAAGUGUCCCUAAACGCUGCCGUUUGGUCAUUAACGUGAACGAAUUCCAAUUGUAAUUUUAAUUUUAAAGACGAAAAUCUAUGUAAUUAUAUAAAUGUGAACUUUUAAAUGCGUUCGUCGGAUACAGAUACAGAUAAACCCACCAAACGA